GAAUUUUUGUGUGAUUUUCAUCUCUCUAAUUAAUUUUGUGUUCUAUAAAAGCUUGUCUCGAAUGUGAGAUCCGCAUUCAAACAACAAAUAACGGGCUUUGGUUUUGGCUAUGCUUGGCAUCUUUUUCGAGAGUGAUAAGAAUGUGGAUUUGAGACUGCGUGAGUCUAAUGAAGUUCGGGCUUCUUUAUUCCCAUUCGCGUAACCGACAUGUCGGCCUGAAUCCACGCUCAUUCCAUGUGCUACCUUUCAUCUCAUUCACCACGUCGUCUUGAGCAUGUACCACUUUUAUGCCUCUGAUAUUUCUGCUUCUUGGUCUUGGGCUGUGAAUCUGCUUCACUUGGUGAAUCCAUUUCAGCAACACUGUUAGACCGUGCUUCAGUUUCAGCCUGCGGCUGUACUUCUAUUUCAGCAACCCUGCUUUCAAACAGCUCUUCUUCUCCAUGAACUAAUGCCUGAAAAAGGUCAAAAUUGUCAAUAGCACGGUGAGGCGCCACAAGAUGAGGUGCCACAAGAUGAGGCAGAAGAUUCGAAUAAAGUCCAAUGCAGAACUAAUUUAAGCAUGGUAGCGAAAAUUUAUGAAGCGGAAGGAUAUGUUAAUCGCGAGGAGAAACGAGAAAUUUGUAAGAAUUCUGUUUUCUUCAAACUAAUUGAAACCAUGCCUAAGAAGAAGAACAACAUCGAGUAUUUUGAGCAGUUAGCAGAUUUGUAUGAUAUCGACAAACAGGCAUUCUUAGUAAAAGGUCGUCAUCUUAAACUUUGCCCUGAGGAAAUCUCGAAUCUCACGGGAUUAUCCUGCAAAGGAAAAGUCUUUGCUGAGAAAAGAUCGGCAUCUUUACCUACAUAUUUUGUGAACCUAUGUUCUAAGUAUGGUAAAACAUCUAAUGAAGGGCCUGUUUCUGUGAGACUAAUUUUUGAACUGCUUAAGGAAAUGGUGAUAGAAACUGGGGAUGAUCGGGUUGAUUUUGAAAGACUACUAAACACCAUGCUUACUUUUUUCAUAACUGUUAAGACCCAAGAGAAGGUCCCAAGGGGAUGCAUGGUGUUUUGUGAGUCUUUAGAGGCGUUCAAGGAUAUAAACUGGCCAGCAACAAUUUGUGACAACACAAUUUGUUUUCUGAAAGAACGGCAUGAAGCAAAACAAAAAGACAAACCGAAGAAACAAGUAAGAUGCAUGAUUCAAAUUGUUGAGGCAUGGUUCAAUAUGAGAACCUGCCUAAUUUCUGCCAUAGAUACAUAGUGCACUGUAGAUGGAGACGAGUUAGCCCCGAUGUUACACUACUUGAGUCGGCACCUCUCGAAAUCUGAUGCUGCACGGUUGUUUGAACAACUAAAUCCCGAUCAGGUCCUUAACUGUAGAGAUCCACGGUGCAGCUCUCAAGAGAGGCUCCUGGACGAUGAAAAUGUGCAAACCUUCUCUUACCAUUGCAGCACGUACGUUUUGAUUGUUGUCACUGAUGAUUUCAUAGGUGCUUAUAUCAAAGCGGUUCUGACCCAGUCCAUGUGUAGACUGGGCUCUGAUGAUGUCCACGAGCUUUUCCUCAGUCUCAAACAUGAGUUCAAUGCUACAGACAAUUUUCACCUAUUUCAGGCAUUGUCUAGCAAAGGAGAGCAGCUACUUCAAGGCAUGGGUGUCUCCCACAUAGCCACAACUGCUUCACAAUCGAACAUGAAUGUGGCUACUCUCGAGGAGCAUACAAUGAAGAAUGUGACUGAGAGCAUGGGAGCUGGAAUUGCAUUAGUUCAUGGAGAAGAGAAGGCUGAAACUGAAGCACGGUCUAGCAGUGUUGUUGAAAUGGAUUCACCAAGUGAAGCAUAUUCACAGCCCAAGACCAAGAAGCAGAAAUAUCAGAGGCUGGCUCAGGAUGUGAGAAAUAAUCAGUCAUUAGUGCUAGCAUCAGGAAACAAGAGACUAAGAAAAACAGUAUAUAAUUGAAAAUGAUUUAUUA